GCGAUAUUCGACGUUUCUGCUACAUCUGAUCAAGAAUGCGUUUUCGUCCAAAGUAAUUCCCUCAAUCUCUUAUGAUAAACAAAAUUGUGUUGGGUCACGUUUGGUAAUCUCUUUUGCCCAUGUUGGAACCGGACACCGUGUUACUGCUCCAUCACAGGUAUAAGAACAGGGCACUUUCACCACUUGCCCUCAAUCUUUUCCUCCAUCACACACUCGUUCUUCUCUGAUACCGCAGGCACCUUCCGCUUAAACCACCAUCGCACAUCAUCACCACCACCCAGACGCUUCUUGUUGCCAGCCUCAUUUCGUUGCGCGGCAAAGUUAUUGAUCUUUGCCAUCGGGCGCAACACCACACUCAAUCACAACCGCCCGCAACAGACCAUCACCACCGGCUUCACAUUAACAAUUCACCCAUAGACCACGGCUGUCAUAUCUCUUAAAACCCUCUUCACCCAAGUCUUCGGGGCCUCUUUCCUUUCUUUCAACUACGACAAUGGUCCAUACCAAGUACGGUCCCAACGUCCCCGGCAUGAUGUUUCCGCAGAAUCAGCACCCCGGCGCCACAACCGGCCUCGACGCGAACAACAACCCCUACGUUUACAUUUCCGGCCUCCACGGCUCCGGCCGCCUCCCCCAGCCGCCUCCCCUCACUCACCCUGGCUUCCCUGCCGCGAACCUCAUCAACUCCACCGGUGGUGCUGGUGCCGAGCCUGGGUUCAACUACUUCUUUCCUACCGAGCACGCCGAUGUUAUUGUGUUGCAGAGUGCGGUUGCGCCCUGGAAGUUGACGGAGGGGUAUACUCGGUUGGACUAUUGGACUGUCAAGGUGCCGGGGAAUAUUACCAUGGGGGAGUUGCUGACUGGAUUAGGGGUGAGCAGCGGGAAUGGGGGGUUGUAUGUUGUUUAUCAGCAGGGGAAUGGGAAGUGGGAGCAUCAGGAGAGUGUGACGGGGGUGGAUGGGAGGUUGAUGAGGCGGAGUGUGAGGGAGAUGGGGUGGUGCAGGAGGGGCAGGGAGGGGAAGGUGAGGAGGACUUACAUUUGGGUUCAGAGGGUUUAA